AUGUUGAAGGAUAAUAUUGAACGACUUCGCGCCAAACGAGGCGGUUAUCGUGGCGUUUGUACAAGGCUUGUAAAAGAAGCACUCGAGCUUCUGGAUGCCACUGAAGUAGACAUCGAACGAUGUAAUGUCAUCGCUGAACAACUUGAGUGUAAGAUGAAGAUCUUAGACGAAAUAAACGACGAAAUCAUUGGGAUAUGCGAUGUAACGGAUAUUGAACACGAAAUUGAAGAAGCAGCCGCCGUCUCGGAUAGAAUUCUAAGCACUAGACGUAAAAUCAAAGGAGCAAGAAAACCGGAGAUUUGUCAAGAAACUAUAAAAAGAAGGCAAAGUCCUACACCACAAGUCGAACAGAUUCCUUUAGUGGUAGCAACAGCAAGCACGAGUAACACAACGAUAAGCAACGAUGAGAAUAAUACGUACGCGGAUGCUGUUAAUACGAACACGAAUGCGGUGAACACGAAUACGAAUGCGGUGAACACGAAUACGAAUGCGGUUAAUACGAACACGAAUACGGUCUAUACGAACACGAAUGCUAUUGAUACGAUUACGAAUGAAGUGAUAAAUGCGAAUUCUACGAUUUUGAAUGCCCCUGUCAGAACAACACCAGCGAUAAUGAUGCCAAAGCUUCCCAAACUUCAAUUGCCAAAAUUCAGUGGAAAGAUCACAGAAUGGAACGCCUUUUGGGACUUAUACAAUGCUACGAUUCACAGCAACGAGAGUAUGUCUAAGUGCAGCACGUUCGAUAAGGGACUUACCUUAACAUCCGCAAAUUAUGACGCAGCAAUUGCGAUUCUGCAAGAUAGAUUUGGUCGAACCCAACAGGUCAUUGCCGCACAUAUGGAUCAAAUCCUACAAAUAUCUGCAUGUUCUGAAAAUCGUACUGGGCAAUUGAGAUAUGUUUUCGAUCAAAUAAGUGUUCAAGUGCGAGGACUUGAUUCGCUUGGGGUAUCUGCAAACCAGUACGGCAGUCUGCUCAUACCAAUUAUUAUGUCCAAACUACCGAGUGAAAUAAGAUUGCAGGUAGCACGAAAAGCUACUGGUGAUGUUUGGCAAAUUGAAGAGUUACUCAAAACCAUAAAGUUUGAAGUUGAGGCACGUGAAAUGAGCGAGUCAUCGCGUUCAAUUGAGAAACCCCAGAACAAAGAUAAGCCCAACAAGCCAUCGACAGCUGGAACAUUUGUAGUGACGAAAAAUGAUAAAGACGGUGCCCAUAGCUUCAAGGUUAAAUGCGUAUACUGUCAAGGAUCACAUUAUUCAGCAUCUUGUGAAGAGGUAAAGGGAAGGGAAGCCCGAGUUAAAAUUCUAAGGGACUCCAACCGUUGCUUUAUUUGUCUAAAAAAGGGACACCAAGCAAACAAGUGUAUAGUCACAAGAAAAUGUCGACAUUGUUCCGGGAGGCAUCACCAAUCUAUUUGCAGCUAUCCUGCUACCAACAGUCAGGGUGUCCAAAAUGAAAAAGCAAUUGAUAACACCUAUCCACAGAAAGUAUCAGAAGGUGUAAACUCUCCAACCACAACAGCUGUCACACGAACUGUCAAGGGAAGUGUUCUUUUGCAGACAGCCAGAGCUCUCGUAUCAAACGGAUCAAAAUCGGUUCCAGCACGAAUUCUCUUUGACACUGGAAGCCAAAGGUCUUACAUUCGAAGGUCACUUCAAGGCCGGUUAAGGUUAAAUUCAAUUGGUAAGGAGACACUUCAAUUAAAUACCUUUGGCCAAGGCAAGAGUAAACGAGAAAGCUGCGAAGUGUUCAAGGUGAGCAUUGCAAACAAGAGUGGAGGUGAGGUAGUAGAGAUUAAAGCAAUCGAAUUUCCAACAAUAUGUGCACCACUUCCUACAAGGAUAAAUAUAGACGAUUAUCCACAUCUCCAUGGUUUAGAACUUGCAGACUUUGAUUCUUCCGAUAACAAUGGUAGCUGUGAUUCAAUCGACAUCUUGAUAGGAGCUGAUCAUUAUUGGGACGUAGUCACAGGUGAUGUCGUACAAGGAGAAAAUGGUCCAACAGCGAUGAGCAGCAAAUUGGGAUGGCUUUUGUCUGGAUGGUCAUCACAAAAAUCAGACGAACAUACUCUGAACAGCCUCAUUUUAGCAGCCGACUGCCUUGAUAAUUCUACUGUCGUAACCGAUAGGGAUGAGCUAACAAUAUCAUUGAAGCGUUUUUGGGAAACUGAGAACGUUGGCAUUGACUCCUUUGACUCAGAGAACUCAACCGAGGAACAAGAUUUUGUGCGAAAUAUUCAAUUCACUGGAACACGCUACGAAGUUGGUCUGCCGUGGAAAAAUGAUCAUGUGCAAAUUGAUGACGAUUACGAACUCUGUCAUAAUAGAUUGAGAUCAUUGCAUCGAAAACUGCUAAAGGAUCCACAAAAUCUUGAAGAAUACAAUAAUGGUAUUACUGAACAAUUGGCAGCAGGAAUAGUCGAAAGGGUUCCGGCAUCUGAUAAGGAUUGUGGUAAAAUUCACUAUCUUCCCCAUCAUUGUGUCAUACGAAAGGAUAAGGUUACUACGAAGCUACGCGUUGUAUAUGAUGGAUCUGCUACGACGAACUUGCGCAAAUUUUCACUAAACGAUUGCUUACUGACCGGCCGAACCUCAUUCCACAAAUCUUUGAUUUGCUCGUCAAAUUUCGACAAAACAAGAUUGGGCUAG